AUGAGUGACAUUUUUGAAUUAGACGAAGAACAACUAUCAAACAAACUUGAUGAACGAUUAAACAUAGGUGAUGAAAGUGAGCUUUCGGUUUCGAUUAUUGAUGAUAAUACUUGUGAAAAAACCGCAGACAGAAAAAUCGAGCAUUUUAAGAAAUAUAGAUCGAACAGUGUUAUAUCUGUUGGUAAUCUAGAUAAUAGGGUUGGUGAUUCGUAUGAGGUUCCCUUUGAGGAUUUCUAUGAAGCGGAACUUGAAGAAAGCAGACAAAACUCGUCGAUUCCCACCAAUGAGCAAAGUAGAAACAAUGUUUCAAGUGAAGUCCCAGUUGUGCAUUCUAGGAGACUAGUAGUUACUGAUUUUCAACCAAUCAAAGUUCUUGGUAAAGGAUCCUUUGGAAAAGUGAUUCUUGUUAAGCACAAAACUACUGGAAGACUCUAUGCACAAAAACAGUUGAAGAAAGCAACGAUGAUUGUCAAUACCAAAAACUACGAACGCACGCUUACGGAGCGGACAAUCCUAGAGAAAGUAUCACAUCCCAAUAUAGUAAAACUAUAUUAUGCACUUCAGGAUUUUGAUAAGGUUUAUCUAUUUUUAGAAUACCUUGAAGGUGGUGAGUUGUUUUUCCACCUAUCCAACGAACGAAUAAUGAGUGAAAAGAUUGCAUGCUUCUAUGUUGCCGAAAUGAUACUAGCUUUGAGGCACUUACAUAUAAAUGCAGGUGUGAUUUAUAGGGAUUUGAAACCAGAGAAUUGUUUACUAAAUAGGCACGGUCACUUGGUACUCACAGAUUUUGGAUUAAGUAAAGUUGCGAUGCAGGCAAACUCGAUGGAUGGUACAGCGCAAUAUAUCGCACCAGAAGUAAUUAAAGGAGAGAACUACGAUUCACGUUGUGAUUGGUGGUCAUUAGGUGCGGUGAUGUUUGACCUGUUGACCGGUCAGCCUCCCUUUACAGGAAAUAACAACAAGAGGAUUAUGGACAAAAUCCUUACAAAAAAAAUUGCAUAUCCUUUCUAUCUUUCACAAAUCUCUAAAGACUUUCUCUCUAAAUGUUUGAAUAAGAAUGUGGAGAAAAGAAUCAAUCUCGAUGAUGAACAAGUUUUUAAUAAAGUAAAGAACCACCAAUUUUUCAGAUACAUUAACUGGAAGCAUAUUGAAGAACAAAAUGAUGCACAGCAGCCACCGCCAAUCAUUCCAGUCAUUAGUAACCCAGAAGCAGCAGAAAAUUUUGAGGAUGAAUUCACAUCUUUAGAUAUCACGCCACCCAACUCGCCAAUUCCUAAAUUUAUCUACGACAACAUUGAGGAAAGUAGAUCAAAUAGUACUUCAUCUAUUAUUGAAAUAAAAAAACCGGAUGAUAAGGGAGAUUAUCAAAAAUCAGUUUAUUUUACUGAUUUCUCGUUUACUAGAAAAAGUUGCCUUUGA